AACUGACGACGUGCUGAAGUGAAAUGAACAUCUUCUCUCUCCCCCUCGCAAUCCUUCUUCCACCUCUUAAAUUUCCUUCACAGAUCUGAUAAUUCCGUUCACCAACGACGCCGUUUCACUCCCGAUAUCCGGAGAUAAAUAAAUUCAUCAUGUUUGAAAGUCCUCAACUUAGGAAACCUGGCGGAAAAUCUGUUUCUACUGACAUUGGGGCUGCUGAACUUGGAAAUAGCGUUCAAGAAAAUAUUUUGCUUCCGGUUGGUGCUGGGUGACAUGAAAGUUACUAAUUCAAUUAUGCACACCACAGCAGCGAUAAUGCCUUCUCCCCUUUUUCUAUGGAGACUUCAGGUCUUGUUUUUUUUGGCAUGGGGCUUCACUUGUUGCAAGAUUGGAUGGGAUUCAGUCAUGAGAAUGAAUGCAGACCUGCGAGACUUGUUCUUGUACGAGGCGUUCUUAUAUUAUAAUCCUCUCCUUCUUUUGACAAUGAUGGUUUGGUUGUGGGGAGUGUGCUUAUGGGUCUUCUCAGAGAGUACUGUUAAUUAUGCUAGAAUAUUUGAUCUUGAUCAAAACCACCUUACUCACAGGGAAAUAUGGAAGUGUAGCAUAUGGACGACAAUUAUAGUACCAACUAGCAUGACAGCAUACCUUUAUCUUUACUCCCAUGGAGAAGUAGCAUUGGCUGCAUCACAACCAGUAAUCCUAUAUAUUGCUUUUGCUUUGGUUCUUGUAUUCCCCUUUGAUAUUUUUUAUUUGCCUUCUCGUUACUUCUUUUUGAGAACACUCUGGCGGAUAGCUUUCCCACUUCAGCCCAUUUCAUUUCCCGACUUCUUCUUGGCUGACAUUCUAACAUCCAUGGCCAAGGUAUUUUCAGAUUUGGAGCGUUCAGUCUGUAGAAUGGUUCAUUCCCAGGUUGCAACAAUUGCAUGGUUUGAAGCUGACUCAGUUUGUGGUAGUCACUCGGUAGCAAUUCCAGUAGUGCUCGUUAUUCCUUAUAUUUGGCGGCUAAUGCAAUGUCUGCGGCAGUACAAGGACACAAAAGAAAAGAUGACCCUUUUAAAUGCUUUAAAAUAUUCGACCGCAGUCCCUGUGAUUUUUCUUUCAGCCCUUAAAUAUCACGUCUUACCUGAUAGGUGGACAUAUGUUUAUCGUCGUCUCUGGCUUUUCUCAAGUUUUGUCAACUCACUCUACUCCUUUUACUGGGACGUAACUCGUGAUUGGGACCUUAGUGUCUUCACUAGGAUUUUCAAGUUCAACAAACCAAAUUGUUGUUCCAAUCUGUUAUAUGGGCGACAAUGGGUUUAUUUUUGGGUUCUUGGAAGCAACUUGGUCUUGCGGUGCACAUGGACGUACAAACUGUCUGCUCAUCUUCGCCACAACUACUUAACAGUUUUUACCGUUACAACCUUAGAGAUGCUCAGAAGGUUCCAAUGGAUAUUCUUUCGAGUAGAAAACGAGUGGAACAAAAUUACCAAGUCUAGCAGUCAGAUUCCCAUGGCUGACAUCCCAAGGGAGGAUGAGAAGUUAUUAGACUCGACUAAUCACAGCUUGUAGAACACACAAGUCUCUGGCCAUAUGUAGAGCAUCAAAUUGAAUUCAUUCUUUACUCUGAUACUUCACAUAUUGUUUCAAUCCUAAAACAGUUGCUACAUUUUGGUUGCCCCUUUUGACAUUGGAUAAUGAUAUAGAUUUGUUUUCCGUGCCUUACAGUUCUUCGUGAAUCGAUUCGAUUUAUAAAUGCAGCUUAGAUG